AUGGGCGCCGCGGGGCGGGCUGCUGGGCGCGGGGCGGCUCCGGGCUGGACGGGCGGAGAGCGCGGGCCGCCGCGGCGCGAGGGAGCCCCCGGCGAGGCGCGCGAGGGCCCUGCAAGCCCACUCGGGGGGCGGCCCGGGGACCGGCGCCGACCCUCGCCCCCGCUUCCGAGGCCCGCGCCGCCGGAGACCCCCUCCCCGCCCUUGCAGCUGCAGACGAGCUCCUGGGCUCUGGAGCGCCGCCCGGCCGGACUAUCUCAUCGCCCGGAGCCCUGGGAGGCGGGCCGGGGUCUGCCCGGGUCGCGGGACUUCGUGGGGAGGGCGCGGCCCGGCGGGGACCCUGGGUGGCCGCCGCGCUCUCCGGAGCGUCUCCGGGGCGCACAGCCCGAGGGACUCGCCCUUCGCGCCAGCCUCUUCGCGGGCCUUCUUGGUGCCAGGGCCGAGCCCCCGAGCGCCGGCCGCGGCCUUCCGAGAGGCCAGCGCUUUUGGGAAAAGCACUCUUUAGAACCAAAACCCGCGCAGGAAACGGAUGCCACGCGAGUAGUGUUGUUCUUGAGGAAAGCUCACGGAUACGCAGAACGAAGGGCAUCGUUUUCCCCCUUCUUCGAGUCCCAUAGCUUCCUCGCUGCUAAUUCUUUUCCUAAGACGCCCGGCCUGCGGCGUCCUCGAGCAGCGGCUCCGCAGAGGAGGCUGGUGGAUACGGGAGGUUCAGGGCCACCAAGUGUGGAGGAGCUGCGGGGUACGGAGACGCCCUGCUCGCACCGCGGGGGCCCCUCGGAGGGCGAACGCGUGGGCUCCCUGCUUCCAGAUCGUCUAGGGCAUCAGCGCGGGCCGUGGCCGCGAACUCCGGGGAUUCGCCGCCCCGUGCUCCGGGAAAUUCGCCCCUCGAGGUCCUGGUGCCCCAAGCCUCUCGCCUCUUUUUUUCCAGCUCCUCCCACCCCGUCCAACUCCUUCUCCCCUGCUGGUCCUUUCUGUGCCUGCCGCCGUCUCUCCCGCGUCCUCGCCGGGUUCCUGGGCGCCCCCUACGUGCAGCGCCGAGCGCUCCCGGAACAACCGAGUCCCCACGCGCCCACGCGCCCUGAGGCUUCAUCUAGUUGGCGAAGGAACGUGAGGCCGGAGUGA